AUGGUGAAGCAGCACAGAGGAGCUGGGAUACGGGACACAAGUGAAGGGAUGGGGAAGCGGCACAGAGGAGCUGGGAUACAGGGGAAACCCAAGAAAGACGAGAGUCUGUGGAGCAUCGCCAGAGGGGUGUUCACCAUGCUGAGGAAGAACUACGGCUGCGUACGCGUGGACUUCGCACAGCCCUUCUCUCUGAAAGAAUAUUUAGAGAACCAGAGGCAGAAGCCAUCUCCUGCACCCCUGUCUCUGGACCAAGCUCUGCUGCCUGCAAUCCUCUCCGCCAGACCCAGUGAUUCUGUGGCUGAGAACGGGCUCAUCGCUAAUGCCGAUCUGAGUGUGGACAGCCCCUUCAGAAGGCAGAUUAUUGCAAAUCUGGCAAAUCACGUCUUGUUUACUGCGGAUCAGUGCUGUGCCGUGAUGUCCACUCACAUAGUGGCCUGUCUCCUGUUGUAUCGGUAUCGGAAGGGUGUGAGCCUCUCCCUGCUGGUGGAAGACUUCUUCUCCAUGAAAGAGGAGGUCCUGGCUCGGGACUUUGACCUGGGCUUCUCUGGGAGCUGUGAGGAUGUGGUCAUGCACGCCAUACACUUACUAGGGAACUCUGUGAACAUCACUCAUACUGGCUCCAGCAACGAGUUCUUCAUCGCUCCCAACACCAACAUCCCGGCCGUGUUUGAGCUGAAUUUCUACAGUAACGGGGUUCUUCAUGUUUACGUCACAGAGGCCAUUGUUGCCUGCGCACUGCACCUGGAGCUGAGCAGGAGGAGCACAGAUGGGACCUCUGACACAACGAUCAGCCAGGAGAGACUUCUCCGCACCGCUGCUACCUUGUCCUACCUCCUCUCUAAUGAGGGAAUGAUCUCUCUGCCGUGUCGGAUGUACUAUCAGGUGUGUCACGAGGCUGUCCAGCGACUGGUGACGUACGGGAUCCUCGUGGUGGCCGAGGAAGACCAGGAGGACGGGAGCCCGAACCUUGCAGAGCCCACGUGGGACAACAAGAUCCUAGACCACGUGCGAUGGAGAAGUGAUGAGGAGGAUGAAGACAGUGAUUUUGGAGAGGAGCAGAGAGAUCGUUACCUGAAGGUGAGUCCGUCUCAAGAGCACCAGGACGUCAUCGCUUUCCUGCAGAGACUGCUGGGCCCCAUCCUGGAAGCGUACAGCUCCGCUGCCUCGUUCAUCCACAAUUUUACUGGUCCAGUCUCGCAGAAGGACUUCACCCAGAGCCUGCACAAGUACCUGCUCGCCAGGACGGAGAGGAACGUUGCGGUGUAUUCUGAGAGCGCCACCUUGUGUCUGGCAAGAAACGCAGUGAAGACCUUCAUAGACCUCGGGGUUUUUCAAGUUCGUGAAGAAAAACGAAAUACCCUCUUGGACUUGAGCAGCACUUUCCUACCUCAGACUAACCGACACAAACUGCUGGAGUUCAUCGUCCGCUUCAUGGUUCUGUGAAUGUGACCUCUCCUGCCCGGUACUGCGAUAUCUGGCUGUGUUACCCCGUGGCUGGUGCCACUGCUGGAAAUUAUGCACCGACAGACAAGUGCCUGCUACAUGCCAACCUGAGCUUCCAGCACCCACUCUACUGUGACCAUGAAAUGCAUCUAACCUGUUUUGUUUGAUUGUAGAGGAACAAGUCCCAUCUGGUGACCUAAUCCAUAAGCUAAUUGCUAAAUAACGACUAUUUAUAGACGCACUACCAGGCAGACGAGAAAUCAAAAGUAUUUUUCUGUACUAUAAUUUUCUAUGGUAUCUGGUCCAUCUUGACCUGUUUCACCUGCACAAGUCCCCAUGUAUGAAUUGCAGAUGCAGUCUGAUCAUUUGCAUUGACGUCACUUCUGCACAUGAAUGUACAAUCUUUCAGUACGCAUCAGCUUGAUCUUAAAAGCUUUACUUGGCCUAAAUUUCAGGGCACAGGGCUUAAUGCGCACCUAUCGCCCACACCAUGGAGGUUGCGUAUGUGUGGGAUGAACCAUUGUUCUUUGAGACUUUUGCAUACAGCGUUCUUUCAAGUUGACGGAUCCAGCCGUCGUGAAGCAGCCAUGUUUUGCAUUUCCCCACAAUAUUUUUAUUGAAGCAUCAUGUGGUACAGGAAAUGUCUAUUUUGUAGACUGUACCAGUGUCUUGACUAAUCUCUGGGAUGUCAUUCAUUAAUUUAUAGGCUCCGUUCUCAUCUAUACUGGUGCAGCCCACAAAAUCGAUUGCUUACACUGUGCAGGUCAAUUUUACCAAGGAUACCUGGUUUUAAGGCUGGUACUACUUAAGCACAGGCAGGGUGGUAGUUUGUGUGUCCAUUGACCGCUUUAUCUGUGUUAGAGCAAAGGGAUCUAAAAUGGUGUCCAGACAAAAAGACGUCAAGUGUAUUCCAAUGCACAAAAAUUAAUCUACUGCUCAGCUAAGUCCUUAUGGCACUUUGUACCAUGAAAUUCUGCAUUAGCUGAAGGAAACUACUAAUGUAUGUGGGAGUAGCUGUAAGCAAUAGUUUAAUGCAAGUUUAUUAAUUCCAGUUCCCUUUGUAAAUAUACGUAUGGAUUCUUGGUACUAAUUUUCUUCUGUCACCUAUUUGCUGAAGGGGGGACAGGAACUACUGUAAAUUUUCAUGGUAGUUAAAGGGCAUGACAACGCAGUGUUGUGUUUUUUGUUUUUAUAUACAUGACCUUCAUUUGAUUUAUAUUGCUUGGAAAUCUUUAUUAAUUGUAAUUUCUAAGGUUUAUCAGAUGUUAGCUCGUUCGCACUGAUGCGUUUAAUGUUUGCAUUUAAUCUACAUUUCUCACACCGAAGUAUAAAAGCCUUGUUAAACCUACAAGGAGUUAUAUCUUUCUGGACACUGCAACAACUCCUCCUUCUUAGAAUAGGGUUUCUACCCGAAAUUGCCUGCUUAAGACUCACGCAUACACAGUGAAUGCCAUUUGGCAGUAUUUUAAGGAUUGGCUCUACUUGGCAACAUCUGUAAUCAUCAAAACAAACAAACAAACAAUGGUCAGAGGGCUUCAGCAGUGUGUUUCUCAAGCUUUAACAGGUGAUUUCAGGUAAUAAUCCCAUUAGAGAGCUGGGCAUUAUUUCCGAAAACUUUAGCACCUUAAACAUUUAGGGGCUAUGAAAGUUUGACUAGUCUUCACAAAAUGGUAUGGUGUGCUAAAACAGCGAUGGUAAGUGAUUUAUUUCCACAUGAAUGCAACAGAGCUUUCAACGUAUGUGAAUGACAGAAAACGAAUUGGGAUUUCUCUUCGCAUAAAGUUGCGUGUGAUAUUACACUAUGCUGUUCGGCAUCCGCUAGGGUCGAUCCGUAAUUAUUAUUUAUAGUCUCUGUUUUAACUUCAUGAAGUGUUCCCAGGAUGCAGAGACUAGGGGAUGCAGUUAAAAUGCCGGCUGCCUGGAUCCCGGCGUUCAGGAUAUCGACGCCGAAAACCCAACAGACGGAAUCCUGGCGCACCAGGGCUAUUCCCAUCCGUGGGUGUCCAUGACUCCCAUAGAGUGGGAAUAGUUCAUGAGCCCACAAGGUGACUCUGAGCGCUGGCGGCCGGGAAGCUGCUGUAGAGAUAUUCACAGCUGGCAUCCCACCCGUCGGGAUAACGUAUAGAACCCAAGAUUAGAAUAGUCUAUGCCAGUGGUUCUCCGCUCCGGUCCUCCUGUACCCCCAACAGGUCAUGUUGUCAGGUUAUCUGUCUGUAGAAUAAUUACAGAUUUAGAGAAACAGAAAACAUGACCUGUUGGCGGUACUUGCAUCCUGGAUUAGAGAACCCCUGCUCUGUGCCCUAUUUCCAACUCACAAUGCAAGUCUGCUUAUAGAUGCAUGUUGCUACUAAAGUCCUGGCAUGCGAUUAUGACGUUCGAUAUUAGGCCGUAGUUAUGGAAGGCUGGCAUGUUGUCAUGAUUUGCCACCGUCAGACAUACCACAGUGCAUGUACAUAUUUAGGUGAUGUCAUGCCGGUACAUUGGAUCGUGACACGGCAUAUUGCAUACAGACAUGAAACAGAAGGUGUAGCUGGCCCUGCCUCGUUAAGCUUACAGUAUAAUGUAUUUGUUGCGCCCUGAUAAAAUCAUCGUACACCAGCAGGGAGAUUCUAAUACGGACAGCGGGGUCCCUGGUCCCGACCGAUUAACCUAUGCAAGACCUAAGCACAACCUCUGGAAUACCAAGAUGUGGCUGUUAAAUCAGGGACCCUGUGUGUGACUCAUGAUACCGGAACCAUAACCUACAGCACGGUGGAUUCCGUAACCGUUACGUUGCAGGUUGACGCAAUAAGACAUGUGUAGCCACUUAGCUAACGGAGCAAUAAUACACAAUGUACAGAACCUUUUUCAUUUGACGGUAUCCUAUGGUUAACCGUGAAAUGCUCGACUAGAUUCUACUAAUACUUGAAAUGACUUGCAGCCUGUUUUACUUUGUGUGAUCAGUUUAAUGUGAUCGGUUUACGAAUGCGCUGUAUUAACGUUUUAUAUAAAAAGAAUUUACAAACCUAUGCGUUAUAAUAAGUUUCAAGAACUUUUUAUGGCAGGAGACGAGUUAGAUUCGGUGUGGCCCGGAGGCUCAGUAACGAGUAGCAGAAAGCAAUACUGUAUAAUAUGCACUUGGCAGCCCCUAUUCCCCAAUGCCAGUCUCCUCCCCCCUUCCCCCAAAACACUGACUUAUUGUAGCCACGUCCGGAUCUAGUUUGGUGGGUGAUACGGAUAAUACUGGUGGCUGUUUGGGGGGAAUUAAUCACUUAUUGCCAAGUUUGUAGAGUCAUUUAAUUGUCAACAUUUAAAAAGACCUAAAUUUUUGUGGCCACUCCCCUCUGAUUAUCCAUUUCUGUCUUGAUUCUAAUCCUGAUUUCAAGACAGUUGGGUAUAUGGUGGAAUAAUAUCCAUGACUGGUUGAGUCAUAGGAUUUUCAUUCAAUUUGACCAUGCAGGUGGGUGGCCCAACCUGGCCACUGUCCGAGACCCUUCUGAUGAUUGUAGCCGGUCACUGUGCUUGGAAGGUGACUGGUGUCACAAUGUGUCCAUUAUAUUCUAACCAGGUAUUCAGUUUCUGGGGGAUCUAUUGUCCAUGAUCGAGGCCUCUUUCAACCCACAACUGCUAAAAUACCAAGCAAUCCAGUUUUGGCACUUUACAGUCUCUGUUUGAAAAAUGACAGCUGAUUGGCUGUUGCUUCAUCUCCAAGCUUUGAUAACUCUCCCCCUUGAUUGGCGAACAAUCUGCUCCUAACUGACAUGUUACAGGCUGUGUUUGAAAAAUGGCAAUUAGGAGCUGAUUGGCUGGUACUUUAUCACCGUGCAAUUUAUCACUCUCUAAGGCUUGAUGACUCUAGGCCUAAAUAUGUCCCCUCUGGUAGGUCUAUAGACAGAGAUCCAGACUGUGUCGACACAGUCAUUAGGUCAACCCCAUAUGGUCAACAUGGACAAAAGGGUUAACGUAUGAAAGGGUGGUAAUAGAAAAUAGGUUCAAAUGGUCGACAAACCUUUUUGUGUUUUUUUAUUUUUUUAUUUUUUUUACGUUUUUGGACUUUUUUCAUCCUUGACUAUCCAUGUCACUAAUCAUAGCCUAUAGUAACUUUGUGGCAAGCAGAGCACGACACCGCGCCCUUGGUGGGCGAAGAAAGCCCGUGAGGGGACGCGUUUCAAUAAAAAAAUGCAAAAUAGUGUCAACCUUUUUCCUGUGUUGACCUUUUGUCCGUGUCGACCUUUGUCUGUCUACCAUAUGGAUUUCGACCUAAUGACUGUAGACCUACCCCCGUGAUUGCGACCCUCAUCAGGGUUCUUUUUUAGUUUCUGCAAAAUCUUCUGAAUAUUAGUUGUAGGUUUUUUUUUUUUAAUGAUUUCUUCCCAUUAACUGUGGCUCUGACUUUCCAGUUGCUGGUGGAAUUCCAUUGAAUACGUCUCUGUUCUCCCUGGAAGACAUUCACCAAAAAAAGCUGGGGCACAGGGAAACCGUAGCGUUACCUGUAGCAACCGGUUGCGUCGCUAAUGCAGUUGCAAAACUUUUUUUUUUUUUAUGUCCGCAUUCAUGUUCCUACGUGAUAGUUGAUGCUCCUCUUACAGAUAUGCAUCGUGUCCGGCAUCCUAUGAUUAUUAAUUAGCUUGUCUGGUAAAUUAGAGCUGAAAUUACAUGUGUGUGUGCAAUUGGAAUGGUUAUUGAUGAAAAAAAAAAAAAAAGCAAAGAGCGAUCUGGAAAGCCGACCAGAAAAAAAAAAAUGCUUAAAGUUACUAAUUGGUAGUUUCUGUUGCAGCAUAAAUCGCCUGUGAAUGAGCCUGUCAGGCGGGCAUCUGGCGCAGAGCUGACUGCCAGCGCUCCGGUUACUGAUAAGGAAAUAAUGAGCCAUUUGUCAGCUGUAGUAGUAACUGUCUAGUCCGUCAAAAAAGUUUCGGACUAAUUAAGGCUCUGAUUUAAACAAUGACUCUGGCGUUUGCCAUUCCUAUGGAUACAUGGAGAGAGAAAAAAAUCAAUAGACUAUUAUGGAAAUACAAAAGUGUGUUAACGUUUCCACUGUUACUUUGCAGACAUUUGCUUGUUCACUGAAGCAACGCUGAUUUCAUUACUUAAACGUACAUUGUGUGUUUAUUACUGAUAGCGUCUUUUUAGCCACCCUUCUCUUUCCCUUCGGGGGUUGAUCCUGCUCAUAAACUCCAUGCAACAGACAUGGGCCUAAAACUGGGCACCAGGGGGUUUGAAUUCUCACUGCUCUACAUUUGCAAGAACAGUAUGGCACAAUAUUUUCAAUGGUAUAUGAUCAUUUGUAGCACCUGGCUACGUUCUAUGGAAAUAUUUAUAGGACCCAGUUGGGUUAUAUGGAAAUAAUUUAUAGGACCCUGUUAUGUUAUAUGGAAAUAAUUUAUAGGACCCGGUUAUGUUGUCCUUUCGCUUACAAUAACAUGUUGUGACUUUUUUCGGUUUCUUAAACCUCAUUUUCAUGUCUGAUUUUAUGUACCAUCGCUCACUGUACAUUGAUUUGUGUUCUAUACAUUUGUAAUAAAAUCAACUAAUGGAA